AUGAACCUCUUCUACCACGACGUGACCCAAGACCUACGCAAGCUGACGCCCACAUCGUUAGAGGAGGGACAGGUGUGUGUGGUGUACUGGGCGGUGAUAAAGUCGUGGUGUCGGGUGCUGGUUGAGUCCAUCGUCACGGACUCAGUUUCCUGUCAGGCUCGAUGCCUCCUGGUGGACCACGGAGAGAGACUCGUCGUCCCCUCAGACCAGAUCCGGAUCGCUAUGCAGAAUUUCCUCCAGCUGCCUUUCUGGGUGAAGAGGUUCCACCUGGCGGGAAUCAAACCAACAACCCUGCGAGUUUGCGUCCACGAGAUAAAGGCGGGACUCAUUGCAUCCACUCGGUGGGACAGCUCUUCUACUCUCUACAUGCACAGCCUGCUGCAAGCUUCCACUCGGACUGAGGCCGUGUUGCUUGAAUCCGAGGCCGACUCCACCUCCAUAGAGCUCUACCUGACUGUAGGAAGCAUCAAGAUCUGUUUGAACGACGAUCUGGUGGCCAAGAAGUUUGCGUAUUACAGCCGAGAGUCAGCUGACCGCAGAGAGAUGGACGAGGAGGACCAGCUUCCUGUCAUGUUGUCCUCCAGCAUCUUGACCCAGACUGCCUCAAGCAAGCCUAAGUCUCCUAUUGCUAUUUCUUCAGGUCUGACUGCGCCUCAGGUCAGCAGCUCUGCUCACGGUGUUUCCGCCAGUCCUCUGGAUAACAGCCACGCAUCCUCACCGCUGACCUCGCUGCGGCUUCAGAGCCAACAACAUGAGCUGCAGCCCCGUGAAGAAGGCAGCGGGUCAAAGGUCACAGAGGAACAUCUGUCAGAGAAAGGUCCGGACGCUGCUGCUGCUCCUGCAGAGAGUGACUCGUCGGAGGACACAGACUCGUCUCUGGCUGCAGCUCUGACCAAAGAUCUCAGUCUGUUCAGGUUCCUAAAGUUUCUGAAUCCUGGCAGCAUCUUCCAGCAGGCGUCUCCCACUGUGAGUGAGCAUGAAGAGCAAAAAGAAACUCGACCUGAAGAGACGACUGCAGCUUCCAGCACAGAAAAGGAAGUAUUAACCCCUUCAAACUGUGAGCCUGAGACUCUGCACAAGCACACAUUGACCAGCAUGAGUGAGAAAAGUGGAGCUGAAGGUCUUUGUGAGAGCAGUCAAGUUGAACGUAUUGAAGACGAAGGAACAAGCAGGUGGAGUAGAUCGGAGGAGAAAAGGUGGAAGAGUGAAACGGACUGGGCUUGUUCGCGCCUUUUGGAGUGGUUGAACCCUGAGCCUGUGAACCCUGACUUUGAGACGGCACACGACGCGUUUGUUCCCAGUGAUCCCAGGAGGAGUGGGAUCCUGGUGCACUCCUUCCUCCCAGUGGAGCCCUGCAGCAGCCUGGACGACGCCCCCAUCACAGACUCUCUCCGCUGGGUUUUGAAGAAGAGGCAGUGCAGCGUUUUGACUCCAGCUGAGCGCUACAGCUGGCCCUCUGUGGCUCGAGGCUGCAACACCGUCAUCAUCUCGCCCAGCGCAGAGCAGCCGCUCAGCUACAUCGCUCCGCUGCUCACACACAUCCUGCUCAACUCCAUCUACACCGCCCUCACCUCCAGCGCAGGGCCCAUGGCGGUGCUGCUGUGUCCGGGCUGGGAGAAAGUGAUGGUGAUGAUGGAGCUUCUGGAGGAGAUGAAGCUCAAAUCCGUUCUCCACCCCUACACUUUGCUGCUGGGCGUCGGGAAAGACGAGGCAAAGGCCGUCAGGAUCCCCAAAAACU